UGCAUUUCUGUUUCAAAGAACGCACCUGCUCCGGCCUUCAUGGAUAUUUUUAGCUGCUAUCAUUUAAGCUGGUUUCAAAAUCAAGGACUUGCUGUACACUGAGUACAGUAAACUGACUUGGAAAACCAAAGAAGACUUUUUUCUCAUUUUUAGGUCAAAGACACUCAUCCUGUCCAGACAUGGUGAAUGUAGAUGUCCGAUCCCUCACCCAGCCUGUGGGGAUCAUCCGAAUAAUGGCAGUCAUCCUCACUUGCAUGUGUUUUAGCCUGGCGGGAGCAGAAGGAGUUUAUUCAUCUUCCUACUGGGCGUGGUGCAUGUUCACUUGGUGCUUCUGCUUCUUCUUCACGUUUCUGAUUGUCAUCCUGGAGUUCACCACUGUCCACAGCAAAGUACCUUUCGCCUGGGAUGACUUCACUACUGCCUUCGCAAUGCUUGCGAGCCUUAUGUGCCUGAUUGUCUCCAUCAUCUACCCCACUUUUUUCACCUGCAAAACCUGCCACCGGGCCAUUGGUGCUGCCGUGGUCUCCUGGGUUUGUUUCGCCGCAUAUGCAGGUGAGGUGGUCUUAACACGCCUUUAUCCUCGAGGGGAAACCAGCGGGUUCCUCUCCACGCUGCCGGGGAUAAUGAAGAUGCUGGAGACCUUCUUUGCCUGUCUCAUCUUUGUGUCCCUGGAUGGAAGCCAGUACACUGGUAAUUCAGGAAUCCAGUGGUGCGUGGCUGUGUACUCCUUGUGUUUUAUCUUUUCCAUCAUCAUAAUCCUGCUCACCCUCGCACAGCUGACCUCCUACUUGCCGAUCUCCUUCGACAAGGUGGUGAUUGUCUAUAACAUUUUGGCAGCAGUGAUGUACACGACAGCUAUGGUGAUCUGGCCACUCUACAGUUUCUCUAACAACAAACAAAGACCCCCUAACUGUGGUCACUUCUGUCCGUGGGAUAAGCUGGUGGUGGUCACCUUCAUGACAAUCUUUAACUUUAUUGUUUACACCCUGGACACUAUGUACUCGAUACGUCUUGUGUUCUGCAUCAUGAAUCGUGAAGACUAAUAUGAAACAAAACAUGCUCUGUGUUUGCAUCACUCUUAAUAGAACAAGGUUAUAAAAGUGUUUCAAUUUUUUAUAAACUUGUGUUAUACAGCUGUUGUUAUUGCUAAAUGAAUCCAAUAUAGUCUAUUAUAGUCUAAAGUGCUGUCUCAAAUAACUGCAUGAAAGAAAUGUAAAGUACCAAAACAUACUCAGUUAAUGAUUAGAUCUGUAGUAUCACUGUCAUAAAAUCUAAAAAAAAACAAAUACAACAAUAUAAUGAGUGGAACUUUGGAUCCUGAGGUGAUUAAACAGUACAGGCAAUAAUGUUGAGGUCAUCUAUAGCUCUGCUGCAUUGUGUAGUCAAAUUAUAUGCCAAAUAAAGGUGGGUGUGUUCACAUUCAUCUU